AGCACUUGCCGGUAUGGCUAAGGCAGACUGCUCAAAAAUCAGUUUCUGGCGCUAGAGAAGGAAUUCCGUGAGAAACGUGGCUGACUGGCGUGAGGGAGGUCCUGAGGCGAACACAGAAAUCAAAUCCUGUCUCGUAGGUCUUCUUUGCUUCACGCUUACGGAAUACGUCACCAUUGGUAAGCAAGUUAGAAACCAGGCCGGCCUCCCAGCAGCCCGCAGGCCCCAGGGUCACGUGACUCACGCUCCUGGAAGGGGGCGUGUCUUUAGUGGUGGGACCCGCCCCCUGAAGCGCUGACGGCCUGGUCACGUGGUGGGCGGGACCUAGGACAUCGGCCGGGCGGCGACCUGGAUCGCAGACGGCCGCCUCUGCGGACGAGCGCCGCCGGUCCCAGCCAUGGGCGGCGAGGACUACUACCUGGAGCUGUGCGAGCGGCCGGUGCAGUUCGAGAAGGCGAACUCGGUUAACUGCGUGUUUUUCGACGAGGCCAACAAGCAGGUGUUUGCCGUUCGGUCGGGUGGAGCUACAGGAGUAGUCGUUAAAGGCCCAGAUGAUAGGAAUCCCAUCUCCUUCAGAAUGGACGACAGAGGAGAAGUGAAGUGCAUUAAGUUUUCUCUAGAAAAUAAGAUACUGGCUGUCCAGAGGACCUCAAAGACCGUGGACUUUUGUAAUUUUAUUCCAGAUAACUCUCAGCUGGAGUACACACAAGAGUGCAAGACCAAGAAUGCCAACAUACUAGGGUUCUGCUGGACCAGUUCUACCGAAAUCGUCUUCAUAACGGAUCAGGGCAUCGAAUUUUACCAGGUGUUGCCCGAGAAACGAAGUCUCAAACUCCUGAAGAGUCACAACAUCAAUGUGAACUGGUACAUGUACUGCCCCGAGAGCGCUGUGAUCCUGCUGUCCACCACAGUCCUGGAGAAUGUCCUGCAGCCUUUUUACUUUAGGGCUGGCACCAUGUCGAAGCUUCCCAAGUUUGAGAUUGAGUUACCAGCUGCACCGAAGUCAACUAAACUUAGCCUUUCGGAGCGAGACAUUGCCAUGGCGACCAUAUACGGGCAGCUUUACGUCCUCUUCCUGCGGCACCAUUCUCGGACCUCCAACAGCACAGGCGCGGAGGUGGUGCUGUACCACCUCCCACGAGAAGGCGCAUGUAAAAAGAUGCACAUACUGAAGUUAAAUAGGACGGGAAAGUUUGCCCUAAACGUAGUGGACAACCUGGUCGUUGUCCACCAUCAGGACACAGAGACAUCAGUGAUAUUUGACAUCAGAUUACGGGGAGAGUUUGAUGGCACGGUUACCUUCCAUCAUCCUGUGCUUCCAGCCCGAUCAAUUCAACCUUACCAGAUCCCCUUGGCAGGUCCUGCUGCUGUGACCAGUCAGUCUCCUGUCCCCUGUAAACUCUAUUCCUCUUCAUGGAUCGUCUUUCAACCAGACAUCAUCAUCAGUGCAAGCCAAGGUUACCUCUGGAACCUGCAGGUGAAACUUCAGCCCAUAGUGAAUCUCUUGCCAGAUAAAGGACGACUGAUGGACUUCCUCCUGCAGAGGAAGGAGUGCAAGGCGGUUGUUCUGUCUGUCUGUUCACAGAUGCUGAGUGAGUCGGACAGAGCCACGUUGCCCGUGAUAGCCACCGUGUUUGAUAAACUCAACCAUGAACAUAAGAAGUACUUGGAUGCUGAGCAGAGCUACACAGUGGCAGUAGAAGCAGGGCAAAGCCGGAGCAACCCACCUCUCAAAAGGCCAGUGCGGACCCAAGCAGUGGUGGACCAGUCUGACGUGUACACACACGUGCUGUCGCCAUUCGUGGAAAACAAGGAGAUGCCACACAAGUUCGUGAUAGCCGUGCUCAUGGAGUACAUUCGUUCUCUGAACCAGUUCCAGAUCCCAGUGCAGCAUUACUUACACGAACUUGUCAUCAAGACCCUUGUCCAGCACAACCUCUUCUACAUGCUGCACCAGUUUCUGCAGUACCACGUGCUCAGCGACUCCAAGCCUUUGGCUUGCUUGCUGCUGUCCCUAGAGAGCGUUUACCCUCCCGCCCACCAGCUAUCUCUGGACAUGCUGAAGAGACUUUCAACAGCAAAUGAUGAGAUCGUCGAAGUUCUUCUGUCUAAACACCAGGUGUUGGCUGCCCUAAGGUUCAUCCGGGGUAUUGGUGGACAUGACAACAUUUCUGCACGCAAAUUCUUAGAUGCUGCGAAGCAGACUGAUGACAUCAUGCUUUUCUACACCAUAUUCCGCUUCUUUGAACAGCGAAACCAGCGCUUGCGAGGGAGCCCUAACUUCACACCAGUGCAGAUGGUGUGAGUGACAGGCCAGGGAUGCUCUGGUCUCACAAGGAUGUCAGCUGUGGCUGCGCAAUAUAGAAAGAUCUCAAGAUGGAGGAGGAGGUAUUUUAUUAAAGAAAAAUAAGUUAGAAGCCACGGGCGUUGUCUGCAUCCUGUCUUCCAACACGGGCUGGUGACCAAGCUGCAUUUUCCCUACAGGAGAACACUGUGAAGAACACGUUGCCUUUUUCAAGCAGGUUUUUGGAGAACAAGCUCUAAUGAGACCUACAACAUUCUGAAGUCUCUUAAUAGUUUUUUUUUAAAUAUAAAAAUGUACAAAGUUAAUUUAUUGCAUUAAUAAAGCUCUGUAAACUACAAAAAAUGUAAUAAAGUACCUACCUACAACAUC